GACCUUUUCCACAGUACACCGCUCUCUUCGUUUCAUUCCAUCUCAACAAACAAACAUGCAUUUCCAUUUCCAUUUGCAUAUAGAAUAGAAACACAGAUUUUCACAGGGAACCUUUUCAAACACUUUGCAACAAUGGAGAAUUUCGAUGGUGAAGAGAUCCCUUCGACCACAAGUCCCUUCGACGAUCACAGCUACGACGGCUACGACGUCCAUUCCCAGCGGUACGAGUUCGACGUUCCCUCCGCCGAUGAUGGCGGUGUUCCUCCGCCGGUUCCGUCUGAUAUUGAGGACUUCUCCGCCGGUGAACAGCAGCAACAUUACUACCAUGAUAACGUGCAGUCGCCGGAGAAUAAUGGUGACUAUCAUGGUUCACCUUUUGAGACAUCGGAGGAUCAUCGUCAAGGAUCUGAUGUGCAAUCCAAGCCCUAUGAUCUCGGAGCUGAUACAGAUGGCAUUUUCUCCUCCGGUACUGAUGGACCAUUGCUUCCCGAUCCUACCGAGAUGCGUGAAGAAGGUGCUGCUUUUCGCGAAUGGCGUCGCCAAAAUGCCAUUUAUCUUGAGGAGAAGGAGAAGAAGGAAAAGGAAAUGAGGAAUCAGAUUAUCGCUGAAGCUGAGGAGUACAUACGAUCAUUUUAUGAGAAACGGAAGCUUAAUUGCGAGACCAACAAAUCUAAUAACCGCGAAAGGGAGAAAUUGUACCUGGCCAACCAAGAGAAAUUUCACAAAGAAGCUCACAAACAAUACUUUAAAGCAAUUGCGGAGAUUAUACCGCGUGAGGUACCUAAUACUGAGAAGAGGCGAGGCAAGAAGGAAGAAGAGAGGAAGCCUUCAGUUGCAGUUAUCCAGGGCCCAAAGCCUGGGAAACCCACUGACCUGUCUAGAAUGCGCCAGCUUUUUCUCAAGCUGAAGCAGAACCCUCCACCACAUAUGCUACCUCCUCCUGAGAAAGACAAGGAUGGUAAGGAUGGAAAGGAAGGGAAGGAUGCCAAGGAUGCGAAGGAAGGAAAGGACGCCAAGGCCACGAAGGAAGGAAAGGAUGCCAAAAAUGAAAAGAUUUCCACACCAAAGGAGGCUAAGGAUGGCAAAAAUGAAAAAAUCGCGACACCAAAGGUGGCUAAGGAUGCCAAAAAUGAGAAAAGUCCCAUAGGAAAGGCAGCUAAUGAUGUCAAGAACGGGGAAAAUGCCGCUCAACAAGGAUCUCCAGCUGCUACUAUUGACAAGCUUCUUUCACCAGUCAAGGAUGCUGAACAUCAAGGAUCUCCCGGUGCUGCUAUUGACAAGCUUGUUUCACCAGUCAAGGAUGCUGCACAACAGGGAUCUCCCGCUGCUGCUAGUGUUGGUACUCCAAAAGGACCAAAGGCCGAUACACUAACUUCGGUUGAAGGCGGACAAGCUGCAGAAAGUGAUUCUGCCUCAACUGCAUAAAUUAGUUCCCAGUAAUGCCUUUUCUCUUCUAGCCUAAUUAAUUCUUGUUACACUGUUCUGGAGUUAUUAUCAUUCAUUCAUUCUUUUUCCUUGUUGCUCUAUGUCUAGUUGCAAAUAAGAGCGACUGGCCUUUGAGGAUAUAUGUUCUGUAGCCAGGGGCUUUUCUUCUUGAUAUGUUUUAGGCUUUUUUUUUUCCGCGACAAGCGUAUGAGUUUGUUGUUCACUUUUCCUUUAUACAAUUGGAGGUAGCUUUUGUAGCAGGAAUUUCAGCUUGCUA